AUGCAAUUGAAACAACAACGUGAUCGUUUGAAACAAUAUAAACGACGUGUCGAAACUCAACUUGAAAAAGAACGUGAAAUUGCCAUAGAACUGAUUAAAAAUGGCAGAAAAGAUCGUGCACUAUUAUUAUUACGAAAAAAACGUAUGCUCGAAGCGCAAUUGGACAAGUCCGAAGGCAUACUCAAUAAUGUUGAACAAUUAAUAAAUGAAUUAGAAUUUGCUCAAGUCGAAGUUGAUGUUGUAAAUCGUUUAAGACAAGGAACAGAUGCUUUGAAGAAAAUGAACGAAAUGUUGAAAUUAGAAGAUGUAGAAAAAUUAAUGGAAGAUACACGAGAGGCAGUUGAAUAUCAAGAAGAAGUAACAAACGCUUUAUCUGGUAAUUUGAGUCAUACAGAUGAACGCGAGGUGCUAGCUGAAUUAGAAGAAAUGAUAAGGCCUAAUGUUCAACAUUCUCAUGAUCAACAAUCAAAUUUAGAACUUGUUUAUCAAAAAUUAUUGGAUGAAAACUUGAAUGUUAGCUGGAUUAGUGAAGAAGAAAUAUUUCAAACCUUGCCAUCAACAGAUAAUUUUUAUAUUAUUGAACCGUUUCAAGGUCCAAUAUUUGAACAUUUAAAAAAUAUCGGAGUACACCUAUUUGGUCCACCCUGUAUUUUGGGGUCUCUGUCUUCUGAUACAAGCAUACCAGUUGUAAAUUAUCCGAUUUAUGCUGUCUCAAUGAGAAAUAUGUUUAUUACGAGUAGUGGUGUUAAAAAACAAAUUCGAGACGAUAUAUUUCAAAAAAUUCAGUUAAUGGGUGGUAGAACAGAUAAUCAGUUUGUUGAAAUUACGACGCAUCUUGUGUGUGACAUCAGUGGAACGGAAAAAUAUUUAGCUGCUGUCGAACGUAAUAUUCCCGUGUAUACAUCGGAUUGGAUUGUCGAAGUUUGGAAUAUGUGUCGAAAAAAAAUAUGUUGGGCUCAAGAUGAACAAUUUAAUAAAUAUAAAUGUCCGUUAUUCAAAAAUCUCUUAUUCACAACAACAGGAAUAUCCAGCGAAGAUCGUUUAACUAUUCAAUCAAAAAUAGAACAAAAUGGUGGAAAAUUCACGCCACAUUUAACGGGCGAUUGUACACAUCUGCUAUGUGAAAAACCAGAGGGUGAAAAAUAUACAUUUGCCAAACAACGUCAUCUUCGGAUUGUAAAAUGUCAAUGGUUGUUUGAUUCAGUUUUAAAAAAACAAUUUAUGAAUGAAAAAGAUUAUAUUGUUACCGAUGACGAACGUUUGAAAACAUCGACACCAAAUUCAAGUCUCAAUAAUCAAAAUCGUCUUAUGAAACACUUAAACACAAAUGAUAUUAGUUUAAGUUCAAUAUGUCCCUAUGAUAAUUCAUCUGACACAUUAGCAAUGGAUAGUAAUCUUUAUCCAACAACAGUCACAUUGAUAACAACAACCAUUCAAACACAACGUACUCAAUCAGCUUUACAACCGUCCUCUACUACAAAUUCAAAAAUUACUGUUACAACAAAAAAAACUUUACCGCCAAACAAAACAGUUCAGACUGAUACAACCGAUACCGGUCAGUAUAAAACAAAUGCAAUCGUCAGUUAUCCAAAGAAUCAACUACUCUCUUUUUCAGCUACACGAGCAACGAUGAAACAGAUACAUUCAAUGACAUCAACCACAACCACAUCAAAAAUAUUUGCUAAUUUAUCAUUUACUAUGUUAAAUUUUAGUCAAAAACAUGAUAUCGAUUUGCUUCAUAAAACAAUUGUGGAUAAUGGCGGGUGUGUAUGCGAAGAUCAACAUGAAUCGUUCGAUUAUUGUAUAUAUCCAUUAACAUUAUCAUCAUAUGAUAAAUUAUCAAUUGGAGAUAUCCAGUACGAAAAAAUGGUGACAAAUUAUUGGAUAUUUUUAUGUGUUGAAUCAAAACAACUGUUAUUAUUGGAUACACAUUUUCUUUAUCGACCAUUUUGUUUAAAUGACAAAGUUCGAGAAAAAGAAUUUCAAUUAAACGAUUGUGUUAUUUCAAUUAGUGGUUUUAACGGUAUGGAAAAAAAUGGUUUGACAUAUCUUUGCCAACAGGUGUUAGGUGCUCAUAUUCAAGAUGCAUUUGUACGAAAAGAUGUCAAAACAUACAAGGGUAGUACGCAUUUGAUAUCAAAAGAACCGGAUGGACAAAAAUAUCAGGCAGCAAUAAAUUGGAAUAUUCCAGCAGUCGUAUCCGAAUGGCUAUUCUAUAUUUGUUUAAAUGGACAAAAAACAAAUGAACAAGAUUAUCAGGUUAAACAAUGGACAAAAGAGAAAGCAAUCGAAUUUGUUAAUAAUCAUCGUCAACAGCAGAAAGAUAUGUUCAAUGAACAACAACAACAAGAAACAUGUGACACUCUCUCGCAACAAGCACCGACCGAUGCUGAACAAACAAAUAAUACGACAACUGUCACACCACGUACCGAACGAAGAUCAAAACAUUCGGAAGGCGGAAAUGAUGCUUCUAACAAUAUAUCUCUAACACCCGUGGCGACUACAACUCAUGAUGUUCUCACGGAACCAUCGUCGUGUGAUGAACCAUGGCGAAAAUAUUUGCGAGCUUAUCGGGAUAGUCUAGAAACGCCACCAGACAAAAAAAGAGCACCACUACCGGAACCAUUGACGCCAUUGAAUGUCGUUGGUCAACGAGCAAUUCGUCAAGCAAUUGAAAAAUUAAAAGAUAUGAAUACAGAAAAUGGUAAUGGUAAUAACAAUGGAAAUGCAUCACCUGAUUCACAGUUUCAAUUUUACAAUAUCGAUAACAGACAAAUUACGGAUAAAUGUCAAACGGAAAAUAGUAAAAAACCAUUGCAAAAUAUUAUUAUUUACGUUAGUAAAAAAUUAGCAAGAAAUAAAUUCAGUUUGCAUGCACAAUGUACCGCCCUUGGUGGUAAAUUCGUAUGGAUACCUGAUGAAAAAUUUACACAUCUUGUAUUUCAGGGAAAAUUAUCUGAAAUACAAAAAGAACAUAAAAAAGCCGAAGAAUAUAAGGCAUUUUGUGUUUCACCACACUGGCUACAAGCAUGCGAAGAAGCGGGACAACGUGUACCUGAAAAUUUGUAUCUAUGUAGUUAUGAUCCAAAUCGAUCACUGACGUUUUGUCAAAAUGAAGCACAAGUGUGCAACGAUGACGUCCCAUCGACAUCAACAACACUGUCAAAUACAACAACAACGACAACAACAUUGUUUCAAACACCUACCACACAACGGCUGCCUAAUGCAUCAAAUCGUACACCAACUACCUAUUCAAAACGUUCAGUCAAUAUCGCAACACCAAGACCGAUACCAAAAGCACGAUCGAAUGAUCCUCGUACCAAACUAUCAGUGAAUCCUUGUUCUUCCCAAAUACCAUCCACACCAAAUUUGCCGUUGGAAGAAAAACCAUCAUUCAUGCAGAUGACGAACGUAAAAGAAGAACAAGAAAUAUCACAUUUAAAUGUUGAGCAAAAAGAUGAUGAUGCUGCAUUUUCUGAACAACUUUUAAAUGAUUUACAGUCAUCUGUAGCAAAAUUAAUGAGUACGACACCAACAACAAAUAAUAAUGCUCGUAUAGAAAUUAUCACAACGACCACAGACGAUCUGUUACAAACAAAAACAAAACUACCUCAUCAUCAUAAUUUAUUAUCACGUGGACGUUCAAGAAAGUCAAGUCAUAAUUCAAAUAGCCAUAGUUCGGGUGGUGAAAACAAACAUCCACGUGAUUCAAUUCUAAUUGAAUGGCUUGAUGAAACUGCUCGCGCUGAACGAAAAAAGAUUAAUGAUGAAAUUGAAAAUGAACAACGUGUACAAAAUGAUGGUGGUAACAAAGUAAAACAAGUUUUAGCCAGCAAACGUGGACAUGAAGCAACGACGACUAUAAUGCAUCAACCAGUCCCGUUAACACCGACAGCGCCUCCCAUAGCGAAGAAAAGUCGAUCAUAA